UACAGCCCAGGCUCACAUCGUUUAUCACACAUUUCAGCAGCUUUCAACACAAAAAACAAGUAAGCAGAAAAUAGCAAUUUAUUAACCAAAACAAAAGAAAAGUGAAUAUGAGGGUGUGGGAAUGAGAAGAACUGAGGACAUGGUGCUUUAAGGAAACAUGUAAAAGACAAAAACAUACAACAUGAAUAAAUGGUUACAAUGUAUCAGCGAUGCACUAAAUACACAAAUAUAAUAUUUGAGUUUUGUGUGUAAAAGUGGGCUGUAGUUAAUUAGAGAGAUUCUGAGCUGGAUGAGAGUGAAGCUGAGACAGAAUCUGUUCAGAGAACUAAAGUCCACUGUUACACCAUCACUUCAUUAUUUAUUCAUAUUUGUACAUUUUCAUGUCUAAAAGCAUCUUUAAGAACUGAAAGAUGUGCUACAGUGUGUAGAGCUGAUUGUAAUGUGUCAGUGGGUUGGACUGGUUCAUCUCAGCUCAAACUUUCAGCAGCAGGUUUUUGUACGAGGCUUUUUCACUGUGAGAGGACAAUCGUACCUCAGCUUUGGCUCUGGAACUAAACUGUAUGUAAAAGAUGAGCAGGUAGUGAAGCCCGUGGUGAGCGUGUACCCAGCAGCAUCCAGAGUCCACCUGGAGGGGAACAGCUCCCUGCUGUGUCUGGCCUCAGCCAUGUUUCCUCCUCUGGUCCGCUUCUCCUGGAAAAGACAGAAGGAGGACGGCCAGCUGGAGGAUGUGGACCCUGCUGAGGGAGAGCAGCUGGAGAUCAGAGAGCCGGGACGCAGCGCCUCCAUCUUGCUGAUCCAUCAGCAACAGGACAGCACAUAUAAAUACAGCUGCUACGUCCAGCACGAGGGGGGACCAGUGGAGGCCCAGACACAACAAGUUUCAGAGCUUCCUGAGCUUCAACAACCACCAAAUUCUCCAACAACCUCUGUCCCUGCUGAGAACGAGCCAGCAGCCUCUGUUCCUUCUGAGUCUCAGGUGAAUCUGCUCUGUCUGCUGUCCACAAUGCUGAUAGUGAAGAGUCUGGUGUUCUGCUGUGGACUCUCUCUGCUGAUGAUCCUCAGAAGCAAGGGACCGUCCACCAACUGCACACAUGCUGACUGACUGUUUGCUGCUGGACUUUCCUCACCGUCAUAUCUCAAUACGUCUCAUUGAUCUCUUUGAUCAGCGAUCAGAAAUGUUAGCUUUGACAUGUUGUUCUUGGCUGUAAAAUGCUUCUCUUAACUCACAUAUUUGAUCAUCUUCCUGUAAACACAGAUGUUCACAAAUAUAUUUUCCGUUUUGGGGCUUAAAUUCUGAAGGACAGUGUUGCUUUGAUGUUCUGGUCUUGUAAUCUCUCGAAAAAAAAUGUAUGUAGUUCAGCAGAUUGAU